AUGCUCUCACGUGUUGCUGUGAUGGCACCCCGCACACACAACCGUCGCCGCGUGACCGGCUCCAGCGGAAGGAGGAGGGGAGGAGGAGAGAGUGAGCCGCAGAGGCCCAACAUGUCCCGGCGUGUGUUUGCUUCCGCGAUGCUCCUCCUCGUUGUGAUGAUGAUGUGCUGCGGCACCGGCGGAGCUGCUCACGCUGAGCAGGCAGGGGCCGCUGUUGAUCCUUUUAAGGAGAUGACGCCGAUAUCAUUUGCUAAUUGGAGGGAGUUGAAGGAGGAGGGCAGGGAAAUCACCUCGCUCCGUGUUUCUGGCCUUGUUAAAGUGGGUGAUGAUGUAUUUGCCGUGGCUGAAGCGCGGUGCGGGGAAAAGGAUGGAGCCGGCAGCUGUGCUGGGAUUGUCUCAAAGCACCUGAAUAUAAGUGAUGACUCAAUGGAUAUUUCGAUGUCGGAUAUAAGUUUGUUUCGCAUGCAACUUGUGGAAACUGCCGAGAAUAAUUUUUGGACAACAGAAUUGUUGCGGCCAACGACACUUGUAAUUGAGGACAGUGUCUACAUGCUGGUGGGGAAAUACAGCCAUACAAAGGAGCAGGUUGAAGGUAAGAAUGAGCGGGGCCUUUUACUCGUGAAGGGAACUGUCACGGUGGAUGGUGGAAACAACAAGAAACUUGUGUGGAAUGAGACCCUUGUGGUGAAGCCUCAAGCCAUAGGAUAUUCUGGUGCCUUUACCGAGUUUUUGGGUGGCGGUGGAUCGGGUGCUGUGAUGCGUGACGGCAAGCUUGUGUUUCCCAUGCAGGCCAAAAAAAAGGACGGACAGCGCGUUUUGCUGUCUAUGAGUUUUAUCCCGUCAAAGAACAAAUGGGAGCUUUCACUCGAGACGCCUGGUAACGGCUGCAGGGAUCCAACCCUGGUGAAGUGGAAAGAAGACGAAUACGGCGAAGAACUCUUCAUGAUGGCUCAUUGUGCUGGAGGCUACUAUGACGUUUACAAGUCAACUUUGCAUGGAGUCAGUUGGUAUACGUCGGGUCAGCCAAUUACUCGCGUGUGGGGCAACUCACACAAUCGAACAGGGGACGGCGUCCAGAGUGGAUUCACCACCGCAAUCAUUGAGGGUAAGAAGGUGAUGCUCAUCACCGCGCCGGUGUAUCCGAAGGACAAUGGAAAGGGUCGGCUCCAUCUUUGGGUGACGGACAAUGCACGUGUGCAUGAUGUUGGGCCGGUAUCUCGUGAAAAUGAUGACGCCGCCGCCAGUUCUCUGCUGGUGAAAAGUAAGGAUGAGCUGAUUUUACUGUACGAGAAGAGGAAUGGUGACGGGCCAUACAGUCUUGUCACCAUGCGCCUGACUGAGCAGCUGGAGCGGAUAAAGGAAGUUGUGAAGACAUGGAAGGAUUUGGACAGCGCCUUGAGAGUUCCCACUGAAGGGCUGGUUGGUUUUUUGUCCAGGACGUUGAACGGGACUGCAUGGAAGGAUGAGUACCUCGGCGUGAAUGCCACAGUGGGGGACGGAGCGACCAGCACGGAGAGCGGUGUGACGCUCAAGGGAGCAGGGGCGAAGUGGCCUGUUGGCGACAUGGGGCAGACUGUGCCGUACUACUUUACAAACAACAAGUUCACUCUUUCGGCGACGGUGACCAUCCACGAGGUGCCGGAGGCAGGCAGCAUUCCUUUGAUUGGUGCGAGGCUGAACGACAAGGACAACACGGUGCUCUUUCAGCUCUCGUACACGAGUGAAAGAAAUUGGAACCUCACACUUCACAAGAUGGGGUUUUUGGUGAAGCCGUCUAAUGAUGUUGGCAAUUGGGAAACAAACACGGCAAUUCGAGUGACGGUGCAAAAGGAUAACGAUGAUGAAUGGCUUGUGUACGCUAAUGGAAGAACAAUAUACGAGACGGAUUACGAGGAACUGGGUUUCGAGGAACUGGCUAGGCUCCGUAGUGAACAUUUUGGUUCACACAGGAUCUCACACUUCUUCUUUGGUGCGGGCGAUAAGGAAGAUGAAGGGAGCAGCCCUGUGACGGUGGCUGAUGUCCUUCUGUACAACGACGAGCUGUUUGAGGAUGACCUCGGAGACCUCAACGCCAGGACAGUCCCUAUUCGACAUCCGGCUGCCGAAGAACUGCACACUGCGGUAGAAGUCACAGCGACGGGGGAAGAAAAGCAGACGGCCACACAGCUGACGAAUUCCCUGGCGGACGUUGAAGAUCCUCGAAUUGCACAGCCGACUGACUCUCAGUCUGUCCGUGUUCUUGCGGGCAGUGAAUCGAGUGCUGAGAAUGUUACGGACGAGUUGAGUCCACGCACUGCCGCCAAAAAUGACACUUCCGUUCCAGAAACCAAUCACUCAGCAUCCGAUGGCAGAAUGAGUCCAGAGGACCGCCUCGCCCUGAUCACCGACGCGAAAUUGAUCCUGCAUGAUUUACGUGGUGACAGCACUGCGCGUGUGUGCGUCUCCCGGGCGUUGCUGCUUCUUCUGGGACUGUGCGCACUUGUGGCAUUCUUCUGA